AUGUUUCCACAGUACACUGAACGUAAGUUAAUUGAAACAAACGUUUUACUUAAUGUAAUGAUGAUGAACACUGUAGGUCAAAUGGGAGGCGAGUUAGCCAUCUGGCUCCUAAUCACUGUUGGUGCUCUACUUAUUCCUCUUAUUGUUAUCGCCAUUUGUUGCAUAAGACAUCAUUUACCACGAAGGCCUCAAAUGACCUUGAUGGAAAGUCGACUUCCACGUAUCAUGAAAAAUACGCAACAAACGAAGAUUCUACGUUCGUAUAAUGGUCCUUUCAUGAAAUCAAGUAAUGAUGAUGUUGGUGUAUCAUCUGAAAAUAAUUAUAAUUUGACAUUUUCACGUGUGAAUUCACUUAAAAAACAACGUGUUCAUUGGCGUGAACAAUCCGCAGCCUCAAAAAAUGAUGUCUUCUAUUCUCGAGAAGAUAGUUUUAAUACUAGAAUGCUAACUGAAUUGCCAUCAACUGAUCGUAAUCGUACUUUUAUAUUAAGUUCAUCAUCAGUUCCGUCUCAUUUCAUUCCUAGAGCAAUCAUUCCAGCUGGUUCAGCCGUUCAUAAUAUUGGAACAAGCCAAUUAUUGUUACUGUCUACAAACCUAAUGCCGAUUUCAUUUGAUCAUAAUAGCCUCGUAUAA